UGAUCCCGGGGGGGCGGAGCCAAGUAGGGGGAAAUGGUCCAGUUGGCUGACUGCUCCCAAGAAAGCCGGCGACGAGCAUCCACAGCGGCAGUUUGACCGUACGCCUGCGCCGAUUUUUCUACGUUACUGCCGCAGCCGUCGAGCAAGACACAUCCCUCCGGGACAGCUUUCAUGCAGCCACUGAAACGCUGAAACGCAGCAACAUUCAAGCGGCUUUAUAAACCAAGCAGCACUUGUAUGCUGCGUUUUCGAGAAGUAUUUGCGAAGGGCUCCGAGGUUAACAUUGACGAGGAGCGGUUGCAGGAUGGAGACGCAGAUACAUGUGCCUGUUGGGUCGCCGGUUAUUAGAAAAAUCCCCAUUUUUGUGGACGAACACAACGUGACGGAGGGGGCGAUGAAGCUCAUCAAAGCGCUGAGACCGGCGUGGGACACGAGCGACGUCAAGACCAAGCUCUUCACUGACGGCACAACCAACAAGCUGGUGGGCUGCUACGUGGAGGAGAGUCCAGAGGACGUGGUCCUGGUCCGGGUGUACGGCCACAAGACCGAGCUGAUUGUGGACCGAGACAACGAGCUGAAAAGCUUCCAGGUGCUGCACGCCAACGGUUGUGCCCCUCGCCUCUACUGCACCUUUCUGAACGGCAUCUGCUAUGAGUUCAUGCAGGGGGACGCUCUCGGGACGCAGGACGUCAGGGAUCCCUCCUUGCUCAGGCUGAUAGCCGGGGAGAUGGCGCGUAUCCACGCCAUCCAUGCACACAACGGCUGCAUCCCCAAACCCAACCUCUGGAUCAAGAUGCGCAGGUACUUCUCCCUCGUGGCCACCGAGUUCACCGACCAAGCAUCCAACGUCAGAAUCCAGCAGGAGGUUCCCAGCAAGGCGGUGCUGGAGCAGGAGAUGGCAUGGAUGAAGGAGCACCUCUCCACCCUGGGCUCCCCCGUGGUGCUCUGUCACAACGACCUGCUCUGCAAGAACAUCAUCCACAACGAGAAAGACGGUCACGUCCGCUUCAUCGACUACGAGUACUCCAGCUACAACUACCAGGCCUUUGACAUCGGCAACCACUUCAACGAAUUUGCAGGAAUGGCGGAGCUGGACUACGGGCUGUACCCGAGCCGGGAGAUGCAGAUGGACUGGCUCAGAGGGUACCUCCAGGCGUACAAGCUUUUCACCAAGAAAACCGAGGAUGUCAGCCCGCAAGAGCUGGAGACGCUGUAUGUGCAGGUCAAUAAGUUCGCUCUGGCUUCUCACUUCUUUUGGGGCUUCUGGGCGCUCAUCCAGGCCAAAUACUCCACCAUCGAUUUUGACUUCCUUGGGUACGCUGUGCUGCGUUUCAACCGGUACUUUGAGACCAAACCCGCCGCCAUGGCCCUGCAGAUCCCACAAUGAGGAACUCGGCCCGCUCCACACCGCCGUCUUGGAGAGGCCGGUUCAUCGUUGCUCCUCGUGUGUGUGUGUGUGUGUGUGUGUGUGUGUCCUCCCUAAAAUAUCCACCGGCAUCUUGUAGUCCCUCUUUGAUGCAGCUGAACAAGGCGUAGAGACGUACAGGGUACAGGAUACGCCGGUAAUGAAGGUGAAAUGUGAGACACUUGAAGGGAGGUGUGUGUGAGAGCAUUCCCACUCCCGUCUGCAGAUAUUAACGCUUUUUUCAAAAUUCUCAUUUGAUGCUAAUUGCUUGUUGCCACAGUUUUCCUGUGCAUCAAACUAAACUGCGGGGGGGGGGGGG